GCAGACAUCAAUGAGACACCAAGACUGGCUGGGAGCUGGAAUGUUCCAGAAAGAGCACCAGCAGCACCCUGUAGAGGGCAGUGUGGGGAGAUCGACCCCAAAGGAACUGAGUCUCCGACUUCACCAGUCAGAUGGAGGGACCCAAGGGCACGCUGAGGCACGGGCUGCCGAGAAAGACUAGGCAUCCUCUGGAGAUGGUGAUCCUACUGGCCUUGCUCAUAGCUGUGGGCUUACCGUUGGUGAAGACCAACGUGGAUGACGAGGAGGAGAAGAUCACCUGUCACGUUUGUGAGUCUGAGAGCAACCUUAACUGCUCGAAUCCAAAGGCCUGUGAUUCUGGCAAAAAGUUCUGUUUGUUGGCUGUCACACGAAUAUUCGAACGUUUCUUCUACGUGUCAAAACAGUGCACCCAAUUGUGUCCAACCCCCCCACUUUUUUUUGCUGAAACACCAUCUGAGCCUAAGGGGUUUCUGGUCGAAAAGCCCUUGCCCUUCUUAUUUGUAAAGUGCUGUAAAUGGGACUUAUGUAAUGAAAAGUUUCCAGUCUCCAUCACUAUGCUCAAACAAGAGUCUGGAAAAGCCAGUGAGAGAAGACAUAGAUACACUGAGCUGUUACUGCCUGGCUUCAUGGUCCUUACUGCUAAUGGCCUCUCAGCCCUCAGCCUGCUGUAAGCCACAGAAAGACCUGGAGCAUGCCCUGUGGGGCAUGAAUUUUCUGUACCCUGCUGGUCCCUUCUAAUUAAAUUUUUUUUCCUUUGUUA